UUUUCCCUUCCCUCCAUUUCUCUCUCUCCUCAUCUUUUUUUCCCUCCCUCCCUGCUGUCUCUGACCUAAUUGUCUCUCCUCCCAACCCCUCCACCACCACCACCAACCCCACCCCCAGCCGUCCUUCCUUCCUUCAACGCUUCAUAAUCCACCCACCAUCUCUCUCUCACAUCAUCCUUGUCCAUUUCUAGAUCCGCACUCUUCGAAUUUACAUCCACAGCGUCGGAUUAUCCGAGAUCAUCACCGGAGAAAUUGAGACGAUGACAGCCGCAGCAAACAUCGCCGGAAAGUUCGGAGACACCACUUACACCAAGGUGUUUGUUGGCGGCUUGGCCUGGGAGACACAGAAGGAUACCAUGAAGAAGUACUUCGAGCAGUUCGGUGAGAUUUUGGAGGCCGUCGUCAUCACCGACAAGACAACCGGAAGAUCCAAGGGCUACGGAUUUGUGACUUUCCGGGAACCAGAUGCGGCAAUGAGAGCUUGUGUUGAUGCAGCUCCAGUCAUUGAUGGAAGGAGGGCUAACUGCAAUCUCGCUUCACUGGGCGUUCAGAGAUCUAAGCCUUCUACUCCUAAGCAUGGCGGAGGGAGGAACAUAAGGGUGAUGGGGGGUUUUCAUCAGGGAGGAUUUCAGGGAGCGGCGACCGCUGGUGGUGUGAGCGCCGCUGCAGCGGCGGCUGCAUUCGCUUCCGCUGCAGCCUUCCCUCAUUAUUCCAUUCAACAAGGCAUUCCUUACAAUCUCUAUGGGUUCUCUCCAUACUCGGCUGAAUAUGCUUACCCCACGAGCUACUAUGGUGUGUAUGGAGGAGCAAGUGCACAGUAUCCACUGUAUGGAUCUGGGAGCAGCGGGCUUGUCUCAGGUGCCGCUGCAGCUGCGGCUGCAGCCUACUACCCUUAUUUGAACUUCAGCGAGGGGAGCGGAGGAGCAACGGGAUACACUGGAAACCAAGGGUACGGCGUUCAGUAUCCCCACCACCUAUUCCAGUAUUCAACGAUCAACUCAAGUGGCAUUUACCCGCCACAUUAUGGAACGCCUGUAUCCCUUGCGCCACAAACUCCACUUCAAUCAGUCUGCUUUGCUGUGCCGCAGGCGUGACCGUGAGUCUGCACGCACCAAUACCUCAUCGUUGAGAGAUGCGGAUCAUGAUCGUUCUUUCAAUUCAUCCUACCUUUGGCCUAACCAUGGUUAUCUUUCUACAUUUCUCUCUCCCUCUAUCAUGGACGAGCCCCCCAUAGGGGUUAGUUACAUUGAUCCAGAAAUGGAGCACACUUCUCUCACUAGGAAAGGUGAGAGAGUGCAAAAUCACAUGCAUGUGCAUCGAUCGAUCUCAGCUCUCGCCUCACUUGGGAAGGAAGGCAGAGUUGGUGGGUCGGCAAAGACCAAAACAUUUUCAAUUCCAUCAAUGCCCCUCAAGGAGAGGGGCCGAACAAACAGUCUUUUUAUUCAUGUUUGUCAGAUCAUAUCAUAUAUUAAUAACUUUUAAGUCGACUAUCAUUUUCAAAAAUGUUGAUCUUGAAAUGAAUGGCUCAUAUAUCUUUCCAAAAUGAAAUAUCUUUUCUUUUUUUUUUCCUUUCUAAAUUGUAGAUGGCACUAGCAGAUAAUUAGGAAAAUGGGGCAGAGGAUGCCCCAGAUUUUGUUGUUUUUUAACUCUAGCUAGUCUCAGGAUUUGAAAAACUCUGACUAGUAAUAGUUUUGUUGUGGUGAAAAACUGUGUUGUUUGUUUUUAUCAAAAAAAGUAGUGGAUCUUGUCUUCUUUUGGGAAAAGGAGGUGGGUCUGAGUGUUGUGUUUUUAUGUAAAAAAAUGGGGGCAAACUAUUGGAGUUGAAGCCCUUGUGACAGUAGUAUUCUGUUUUUGUUAGGUAGCUAAGCUUAGUUAGUUUGUAAGAAACUCCAUCAAUGGGGUAGGAGUUUCAGUGCAUUGGAAGUUACCCUUAGAUAUUUUUGGUCUCUUUGGGUUCUUCUACCCUAACAGACACCAACCAUGGUUAGGACUCUGGUCAUCUUCAUCCUGUCUUCUUCUCUCUCCCUCUUUCUCUCUUCCUCCCCUUGACGCACUUUGAAAUUUGAAUUCAAGACUUGGGUUUGUAAUUUUAAGCUAGGGAAGACAUGUUAUGUCAUUUGUGUUUGAGUAAUCUAGUGACUACUGCUUGUUAAUUCGACUACUGAUGGAUUAUGUAACAUAAUGCAUAUGGUUGAGACAAUAUUGCUCAUAUUUUCAUUCAA